UCUCUUUUCCCUAAUGCUGGAGAGAAUCACAGAACAGUACCCUGCCAUUCAAGCAGCCAGCUUGGAUCAAUGGCUGAGAAAAAACAUGGAUAGGAACAGACUUGCUCGGCUAUCUGAGGAGGAUUUUAGGAAAGCUGAAGACUUCAUCAACCUGAUGAAGGUGCUCUACACAUCAACACUCUGCGUGUCCUCCGAAAAGAGUCCCACAUGUGGACAGAUUCUGCCUAUCCUCAAAAAGCUUGAGGCACACCUGGCUGUUAAAGAGGGAGAUACAGUCUUUGUGUCAAACCUUAAAAAACAGGUUUGGGCAAACCUAUCCAAGCGCUACCAGAAUGAUGAGAUCAGGAACUUUCUCCAAGUGGCCACUGUGCUGAAUCCACACUUUAAACAUAAAUUGGAUGAUGACACCAUCUGGGACCAGAUCCAGAGAAAUCUGAUUGAAAAGUCAACAGAGGAAGACGGUGGAGCUGAUGGGGACACCACGCAGUCUGAGAAUGAGGAUGAGAAGGAGAGUUUUUUUAGCAACAGCCUCCCUGCAAACUUCCCAGGAAGACUCCACUGGAGGAGCUGUUCAAUGAGGAAGAGGCAUAGAACAUGUCACAGCAGCGCUCCAUGUCCAUCAAGAAACGAGUGGAGAGAGAGCUGCAGAUAUACCAGGACGUUCCACCGGUCCUUAUGUCUGAGGACCCUGCUGCAUGGUGGUGGAACCAACAAAAGACUUAUCCUUUGCUGUCAAAUCUCGCUUUCUCCUAUUUAUGCAUUCAAGCUUCUUCUACACCCAGCGAACAUGUUUUCUCCACAGCAGGAGAUACUAUCUGUCCAGAACGCUCACGCAUCCUGCCUGAGAAGGCAGAUAUGAUCAUUUUCCUAAACAAGAACUGUUUCUGAUUUUAUACUGUACCUGCUGCUAAUCUGGACUGGGUUUUACAAGUUGUUUCUUAUUGUUUAUUUGCUAUUCUGCACCAGGUUAGCCCAUCAGUGGGAGCACGGUAACAUGUUUAAGUACCUGCAGCAUCAUACAUUCAUUCAUCAUUCUUUCAUUCAUCAUCUUCCGCUUA